AUGUCCUUGAACCCUCCGAACCGCAACUCUGGCCUGAGCCAUCUCCAUGCUACCGACACUACGUCCACGCCAAGCCCCACAGAACGACUCGAGUCUGCUCCAGGUCCCUUAAGUGGUCAGGAAGCCUCUCACACUCAUCACCACUCGAGUAAGAGACGACGCUCCUCGAAAACAAAAGUACCCGGAGAGCUCCGCAAGUCCUCAUCCACCCCACACAUGCGCCACGUACCACUUGGAACUCCUGGCGAGCUGUCGCCAACAAGUAACAAGCCACGUAAUAAACUAGGCUAUCACCGAACAUCAGUCGCCUGCGGGCACUGUCGACGGAGGAAAAUACGAUGCCUUUUGGCUCCCGACGAUCCUCAGGGUCGAUGCUCCAACUGCAUUCGGUUAAAGAAAGAAUGCAACUUCUACCCCGUGGAACACAAUCCAGACAUGCCGCAGCCUCAAGCCAUGUCUUCGAAGCCUAGCAAUGCAGUUCAGCCGGCAACACCAGUGGCGACUUCACCACACAACCCUCUUUCAGCAUCUAGCGAUGGAAUGGGUGAGUUCCGCACACCUCUCUCUGGACCUACCGCGCCAUAUCAGAGUUAUGGGUACCAUGGAGACACCGACAGCGAUCCUCACCAUGCGCCUACCUCGAAUGGCCUACCCGUACAACAACCUCCUUAUCCUUUUCCUCCUCCAAUAGAAACACAGUGGCCCCCAACAAAUGGUUAUCUUCCAUCAUCUACUGUAGCGGAAAGUCCAUCAUGGCGACACUCUCCUUCUACAGUAAACUCGGCAUACGGCAGUGAAUCCAACGUCUCAGGCGGACACACUCCCGCAGCCAUGAGCACUAGCUCGACAAUGUCGUAUGGCCACCAGGACGGUCACUGGGGUCAACAACCACCUUUCCAGCCACCCGCGAGAUCCAUGUCUUACGGCAACAUUGACAGCCUUCCACAGCAGUACCCAGGUCAAGGGCUCGGACUUCAACACGAACACUACCGACGGACGUCUCCAUUUCCAUUUCCGGCUACGAUAGACACCAACCCUUCGACCGUGCACGCGACCACGCUCGGCAGUACCACAUCAGCACCCCUUUCGGCACCUGUUGUUCCGAACCACGCUUAUUAUGCACCGACAUGGAACUCGUACGAUGCCAUGCAAAACCACAACCUUCCAAUGCCCCCGGGCGCGCGAUCGAUGAGUGCGCAAUGGUACGGAGACGCAGGACAAUUGGAUCGAGUUCAAGAGGAGGCUACACCACCAAUGGCAUACAAUCACGCUCUUCCACAGUUCUAUUCUGGAUCAUGA